AAUCAGUAUUGUCAACUGUGUCAGUGUCGUAUUUAGUAGGGGGAUGGGUUUUUGUGUCUAAAUUAUUUAAAUUAUCCUGUCUUGAGUAUUUAGGAAAUUCUACAGUGUAUACACAAUGAAUAGAGUGUUUUUAUUCCUAUACGUAUAUUGCGCAAAUUUAUAAAAGAUAGGAUAAAGUACUGUAGACUGCAGUCUGUUAACGAGUAUAUUGUUUAAUUUUUAAAACCUAUUUCUAAUAGAUUCAUAUUAAAAAACACGCUAAUACUUGGUCAUAUCGUGAAUUAUGUUGUGAUAGAAUUAAUAAUAUUCCACGACAAAGAACACCAUUCAGUUAAAAAAAUAAAAACACGUACUCGUAUCGAAUUUCGUAACAUAUGAAGUAAUUUAAACAAAGCAUUGUGUGUGACGUCAUAAUUAUUUAAUUAUUUAUAAUGGCUGGUUAAUAAUAUGAGGUAAUCGCGAGAUUAUAAUAAUGGAUUCGGAAGACGACAACCAGCCUUUGAUUCAAUAUGAGGGUGGUGGAAAUGGGGAAUCGUUCUUCGAGCUGACAGCUCAGGUUAUCAACACUGACCCUGAGUUUGAGCAGGUGGUAUACGGCUAUCGGAAGAGCAGAUGGCGGGUGGUGUUGAUGCAGGUGGUGAUGGUGGUCACGUGUGGCAUACCCGCGCUGCUGUUCCACUGGUGUCCCACGUGGCUGCUGUACGCGACCUGCGUGCGGUGCUGUUUCCAAGUAGCUGAUCAAGUGUUGGUUGUCGAAACAUAUCAAAAGAAAUGCAAAAGUUUUUACAUACACAAAAUUAUGGAGAAAAAUAUAUCUGACACAAGUGGUUUAUUCAACGAAGGUUUUCAAGACGAAUCAGAUGGGGACAAGAGGCCGACUGAAAGUGCUGAUACCAUUCACUCCCCCAUUCAUCUCGACGAUGGAACUACUCUCACGGUGCAAGUGUUCCGCUAUUUCCGCCACAAGAAGCAGUCGCUGAUAUGGGACGGCGCGCGUGCGCAGUGGUGGCGGCUGGCGGGCAUCGAGAGCGGCGCGUCGUGCGCGCAGCUGCACGCGCGCGGCGCACGCGCGCCCUCCAGCGGCGAGCGCGUCACCGUGUUGAACAUCUACGGCCUGAACGAGAUCAAAGUGCCGGUGCAGUCGGUGAUGACGCUCAUCCUGCUGGAGGUGUUCAACCCGUUCUACGUGUUCCAGCUGUUCACUAUAGCGGUGUGGUUGGCCGAGCCGUACUACUACUACUGUGUGGCCGUGGUGUUGAUGUCCACGUUUGGUGUUGCCACGUCGGUUAUACAGACUAAAAGGAACCAGGAGAGCCUGCGCGCGACGGUGGAGGCGCACGAGCGCGUGUGCCUGUGGGACGGGCGCGCGCUGGACAGCCGCGCCGUGUCGCCGGGCGACGUGGUGGUGCUGCCGGCGCGCGGCUGCACGCUGCACUUCGACGCCGUGCUGCUCACCGGCGCCGCCGUCGUCAACGAGAGCAUGCUCACCGGAGAGUCAGUGCCGGUUACGAAGACUGCUCUACUCCGAGUGGACAAGCCGUUCGACAUGAAGGAGCACGCGUCCAGCGUGCUGUUCUGCGGCACGAACGUCAUACAGACGAGAUACUACAACAACGAGCCUGUCAAAGCGCUAGUGCUGCGCACAGGGUACAACACUAGCAAGGGUCAGCUCGUCCGCAGCAUUCUGUACCCAGUUCCUGCAGACUUCAAGUUCGACCGCGACUCGUACAAGUUCAUCUUCAUACUCGCCUGUCUUGCUCUCUGUGGACUCAUUUAUACUGUUGCGCUUAAGGCCUACCGCUCCCUAACCCCAGGCGACAUAGUGAUCAAGGCGCUGGACAUCAUCACGAUCGUGAUUCCCCCUGCGCUGCCGGCCGCCAUGACAGUGGGGCGGCUGUACGCCGUGUCGCGGCUGCAGAAGGCGCGCAUCGCCUGUCUUAACACACGCGCUGUUAAUGUCAGCGGCAGUUUGGAUUGCAUAUGCUUUGAUAAGACCGGCACGCUAACAGAGGACGGACUGGACAUGUGGGGCGUGGUGCCCGUGAGCCCCGCGACGGACCCCCCGCGCCUGGGCCGGCCGCAGCGGAACCCGCAGCAGAUGAACGACUUGCACGAACUGAAGCUCGGCAUGGCCACGUGUCACAGCUUGACGCUGCUUGACGGCGAACUGGCUGGCGAUCCGCUUGAUUUGAAGAUGUUCGAGUCGACUGGUUGGACGUUAGAAGAGCCUGACGUUCCGGAAUCAGAUAACUACGACAUACUGACGCCAACCAUCGUCAGACCGAAAAAGACGGCCAACAUUAACGUCGAUGACGUUCAUUUGCCGUUAGAGGUGGGUAUAGUGCAGCAGCACCAGUUCGUGUCGUCGCUGCAGCGCUCGUCGGUGGUGGUUCGAGUCCUGGGCGAGGACGUGCUGCGCGUCUACUGCAAGGGCGCGCCAGAGAUGCUGCGGACUCUGUGCAGGCCCGAGACUGUACCGGAUAAUCUCAACGAAGUUCUGAGUUCGUACGCGGAGAAGGGUUACCGAGUGAUAGCAUUGUCGACUCGCAUGCUCGAAGUCACGUACAAACAGAUACAGCGGAUGACCAGGGAUGAGGUAGAAUGUGAGCUUGAAUUCCUCGGUCUGGUGAUAAUGGAGAAUCGUCUGAAGGCUGCCACCACGGGCAUCAUCCGCGAACUGAAGGAAGCCAACCUCCACAUAGUUAUGAUAACUGGCGAUAACAUCCACACGGCGGUGAGCGUGGCGAAGGAGUGCGGCAUCCUGGCGCCCGGCGAGAGAGUCGUGCAGCUCGACGUGGACUCCUCGGGGAAGGCGCCCGUCAUAUACUGCGAGAGCACGCUGCAUGGGGCCCCUGUAGGUCGUCGAACGACGUUGUCUCCCAACUGGCGCAGCGUGGACAGUGGAUGCGGUUCGUGGCCUGGUUCGGGGUCUGGUUCGGGGUCCGGUUCGGGGUCCGGCUCAGGGUCCAUAGACGUAGAGGCCCCGCGCGCCCCGCCCAACUAUAAGAUCGUCAUGACUGGCGACACUUGGCGGGUGUUGCGGAGCCAGUACCCGCAGCUGGUGGGUCGCGUGAUCGAGCGCGGCGCGGUGUUCGCGCGCAUGUCCUCCGACCAGAAACAACAGCUCGUCGUCGAGUACCAGGCGCUCGGGUACUAUGUCGGCAUGUGCGGCGACGGCGCGAACGACUGCGGGGCGCUGCGCGCGGCGCACAGCGGCGUGUCGCUGUCGGAGCGCGAGAGCUCGGUGGCGGCGCCCUUCACGGCGGCGGCGCGCGACGUGGGCUGCGUGGCGCGCGUGCUGCGCGAGGGCCGCGCCGCGCUCGCCACCAGCUUCGGCGUCUUCAAGUUCAUGGUGGCCUACUCGCUCACCGAGUUCUUCUCCGUCGCCUUCCUCUACUACUUCGACUCCAACCUCACCGACUUCCAGUUCCUCUUCAUUGACAUCGCGCUCAUCGUUAACUUCGCCUUCUUUUUCGGUGUCACCGAAGCGUACUCGGGCAAGUUGUGCAAGAUCCCGCCGUUGACGUCGCUGUUGGGUCUGGUGCCGUUGUUUUCGUUGACCGGGCAGUUGAUUUUGGUGUGCGUUGCCCAGUAUUUGAGUUAUUAUGCGCUCACGUUCUUCCCGUGGUAUGUGAGGCACACGUAUGAAGGCAAGGAAGCGAACGAGUGUUGGGAGAAUUACGCGAUUUACGCCAUAUCAAUGUUCCAGUAUAUAAUAAUGGCCAUAGUGUUUAGUCAUGGAUCUCCGUACAGAAAAUCUAUACUAACCAAUAGACAAUUGAUGAUCAGUAUUUUGAUUAUGACGGGUAUUUGUAUUUAUAUUGCGGUUGCGCCUGCGCACUGGCUAGCGACGUUCUUAGAACUCAAAAUGCCUAAGGACUCGUUGCUGUCGUACAUAAUUUUGGCGAUAGCUGCUUUCCAUUUAAUAAUAGCAUUGUUAUUUGAAAGGGUUAUCACCGAAUAUUUGAUGGAAGGUAAGCAGAUGAUACCGAAGUUUUUGAAAGAGAAAAGGGUCAGAAAGACACCCCAUUUGAUGAUAAAGAGGCAGCUUACCGACAUGGAUUAUCUUAACUGUGACAAUGUAGUUAAAUAUGACAAGGAAGGCACUCUCUCAGAUUCGAGCUCCGGGAGGGAUAGCUGAAUUCCGAUAGUUUUUUUUUGUUUAUCUGUGAUUUAAAAUCUUUUAUUUAAGGUGUUAUAGUAAAAGUACAUUGAAGUAUUUUGCCGUUGAAUGUUUAUCGAUAAACACCGACAUUGACGGAUAAUUAUUUUGAUAAUGUAAACUUUUUUUUAUGCUUGGAAUAAGCAUGAUUAUUCCUUACUAAUAUAAAAAAAUGCCGUCGAAUUAGAAAUAAUCGACGCACGUAUACAAAAUUUGAAAGUGAAUUAAAAAAACCUAUAUAUUUAGGAGAAUGUAUUCAGGCAUAAUCGAUAAUUAAAUUAUCAAAAAAAAAUUAUAAAUUUUAGUUUAAAGGAAAUUGUAUCCAGAAAUCGUUACAAUUAUUUGAUAGUAGGUUAUUUCAAACUGUAAGUGUUUACUGAAAUUAAAUUUCUCGUUACAUAUGAUUUUGUAUUCAAAUAAAAUGAAAUUAAUCGAUUUAAUUUUGUUUUCGAAUAUCGAUAUCGUCAAUUAUUAUGAAAUGAUAUUAUGAUAUUAUUAUUGUAUUCUACAAUGUAUACACCGAAGUGCAAGUAUUGUUAAUAAUAUGAAAUAUUAUAUUUUUUAUAUUUAUAGUGUGGUGCUCUUAUGCUUUUAGUGAUGCAUUUUAUACGUAUUUUUUACAUUUUAUCGUAGACAAUUUUAUUUAACGCCUAGCGUUAUAAAAUCAUCCGUUAAAUUAUUUUUAAUGAUAGUACUGUCAUUAUUUCUAAAGAUAAGUGUGCACUAUAUGAAAUUGUUUCAUUCAUUAUGAGUAUAGAACUGUUGUCAUUGAACAUUAACAUAGUUAAUUUACACCAGUAAAGGAAUAACUCACCAUCUCACCUCCACUAAGCACAUUACACUUAUGACUGUUGUUUGUAAAGUAAUGAACAAGAUCUAAACGCAUUUUAUUAAUGAAAAUUAAGGUAUUAUUUAGGUACACUUAGUUUUCUUUCUCUGAAUAUUGUAUGAAAUAUUUCACAAGUAUGCAUUUUAACUUAUGAUUUUUGCUUUCAUAGAUAUAAGGAUAAUUGUGAUAACAUUCAUCGUGAACGUGCCUUAGUUAAGUAUACAUUCCAUUUUGGUGCUUGUUUACCAAAUAUUGUAUUGUCUAUUAAAUAUAUCAGAAAUGUUUGUGAGCAGUUCGCCAUUUUGAAAUGUGGUGUCCAUCCGGUUUUAACAAAUUACUAAAUGUUCAGUGUUAUAUAUAUUGUUCCAAAGAUUUGUGUCAUACAUGUAUGUAUAUAAAUUCUAAAUUUGAA